AUGAGCGACCGGCCUUCAUCUACGUUCAUUGGGGACAAUACCUACGGGUCUACCCUGAACCAAGGGUCUAUCAUCACUGGGGACGGCUCACACGUCGGUAACAUCAACCAUUUCCAUAACGGCGCACAGCAAGCGUCCGCGCUGAAGUCAUGCCUGAAAGAUCUCCUGGCAGCCCUAAAGGACGAUCCGGACGACCACCGGCAGGCCCUCGAAGAUCGAAAAGGACCGAGAACAGAGGGGACUUGUGAGUGGGUUUCAAGAAGUGUUGCGUACAAGAGUUGGGCUACCAAGUCGUCUGGUCUGCUCUGGAUCUCCGGAGAUGCUGGUAAGGGAAAGACAAUGCUUGCCCUCAACCUGGUCAGCACGCUGAAGAAUCAGUCGUCGGCUGGACAUGUUGUGCACUUCUUCUGUAGCCGAGACCAUGGGAGGAAUAACGGUGCCUCCAUCCUCCGCGGUAUCAUCUAUCAGCUGCUUGAGCAGAAGCCACAGCUGUUCGAGCAUGUUUCGGAUGACUAUGAGAAACAUGGAGCCAGUCUAUUCGACGACAGGAAAUUUCAAGCCCUCUGGGCCAUCUUCGCCCGAAUCACACAAGACCAAAAUGUCACAUCCAUCACAUGCAUUCUCGACGGCUUGGACGAAUGCGACGAAGACGGCCUCGAAUACUUCUGGACGAAAAUUCAGAAUCUUUACGAGUCAAACCCUGGAGCGAAAUCCGACAUCCAUCACCACUGCAUGAGGCUCCUGAUUGUCAGCCGGAAUCACCCCCAUUCUAUUCAGCGAGCACUUGAGGACUAUCCUCGAUUACAGUUCGAAUGCGAAAAUGAGUAUCGCGUCAAAUCAGAUGUCUUUAGGUUCAUCGACGAUCGCAUGGCCGGUCUCAAAUGCCCAGGCGAGACGCGCGCACACGUCAAGGAAAAGCUGUAUGAUCGAGCAGAGGGCACCUACCUAUGGGCCGGCUUUGCCAUCAAUGCCCUAAAGAAGGUCCGGGCAAUCGACAUGGAGAGGACCGUUGAAUCAUUCCCCCGCGGUCUCGAUGCUAUGUACCGUCGCAUGCUACUAGCAAUCGAUGAGCACGAAAGAGAUCGAGUCAUGGAAAUUCUGCGCUGGAUCACGACCACGUUCCAGCCGCUGAGCCUGGUGGAGCUUGCAACUGCCGUUCAAACUCAACCUGCGAGCGGCCAAAUGCUGGCGGAUGCUAUCACUGACGAGAUCGGAUAUGCAGGAGACCUGUUGACCAUUGUGCAGUAUGAUCGUCAUUCUCGCAAAGUCUUACUCGUACAUUCAUCGGUUCUGGACUUUUUUCGGAACAUUGCGCAUCAUGAUCAGGAUCUCGGACCCUUUCAUCUCCAAGCGGCAAUCACGAAUGACCACGUCGCUCGAUGCCUUCUGAAUUAUACCGACAAGGUGUUGCAAACUAUCGGCUCGGUCCAGGACUACGCUCCUUACUUCGACGGCGGCUAUGGUAUGAGUGAAACAGUGACCCAGAAACAUCCUCUCUUAAAGUACGCAACGUACAACGCUUUCAAACAUCUGUCGCAAAGCGAGAGUUUCCAUCGCAUCAAGGAUCACCAUCCGCUACUAGAUCCAGCUUAUCAGUAUCACACACCAUGGCUACGACUACAAUGUCGGGCACGCUCUGGUCAUGAACCAAAAGAUGGAGUCAAACUGGCAUAUGUUGCAGUUUUAUUCGGCCUCCUCGAGGUUCUGGAAACUGAUUAUUGCCAGCUCAAAGCUAAUGUCGAUAUCAGAGAUGGUGACCAGCGAACUUCUCUGUUCUACGCUGCUCUCGCAAGUGAAACAGGCGUAGUGGAGUGGUUGCUCGAUCAUGGAGCGGAUCCGAACGCUCAAGAUGUAACCGGACAGACGCCUCUCCAUAUCGCUGCUCAGCGUGGUGUAGUCAACAUCGUCCAGAUGCUCCUCCGCCAUGGCGCAAAGACGCGUACCCAAUCUUCCACUCGGACUGCAAAGAGUAUGUUGCACGGGUCUACAUACAAUGAGGACGGUGACCCCUUAGGUGAAGAUGAUGACCUGUGCGUUACCAUGCCUAAAUGGAGCGGUACGCCUGUCCAUAUCGCCGCUAUCGCUGCAGAGCCUCAAGUACUGAAGAUUUUGCUUCGCCAAUUUCUGCGAAAAGGUGGCUCUAUUAACGUGACCGACGAGAACGGUCGCACCAUCUUCCAUCAAAUUGCAGGGGUUCAGACUCGUGAUCUGCGGUCUUGUUGGGAUGUCUUACGCCGUUACUCAAAGCCGCCAAACACUUUCAAUCAAGACAGCCUGGACAACAACGGGGAGUCUGCUCUGCACAUCGCCACACGCAAGUGCUGUCCAGGACUAGGUUGGAAUUUUCAGGACGACUUUGCUGAAGAUCCGGAGUCCGAGAACACGAUCUGGAGUCCUGUUAUUGCACUCAUAGAGACAUUAGGAGCAACUGUCGACAUCCGAACGACCACUGGGUUAACCCCGCUACAUCUCGCAUGUAAAAGGGGUAUCCUUAGCCUGGUCGAUUAUCUCCUCGCUCAAGGUGCUGAUGCGCGCUUGUAUGAUCAGUCCGGCCAGAGUGCACUGCAUUGGCUUUGUAGCCAAGAGCAACAGGGCCGUGAGAGAAGGCCUGAGAUACUGGAACGCCUAGUACGACGGAUGACUUUGGAAGAUAUGGAAGCCAAAAGAGCCGACGGUCAGAGUGCUCGGGACGUCGCCGUCAAACCCGAUGCUGAUUAUCUUGAGAGAAAAAGGCGGUAUGAGAAUGGCCUGACACCAAACAUUAAGAUGCCCGCAGAGCCAAAGCCUAAGAUUGUUGCGAAAUUCUUCCUUAGCUCUUGGCAGCUUAAUGGGCGUUGUCUCGCGUUUGAAGAACUUCACAAUGCCAUUGAUCUCAUGAUUGCCUUGGUCAAGAUGGAAGCAUCAGAUGAAGACGAAGCCCAGAUGCAGCGAGACGCAAACGAGCUACCUCAUAUGCAACAUUGGGUGGACAAGAGACGCUUGUAUCGGAAGUCCAAGGCGAAGGAGUGA